CUAUACGUUCGCGAGUCCCUCUGCCUCCCAGACAGAGCCCCGCGUUUCUCCGUGUCUACCUGCGAUCAUCGGAAUGGAGUGGAUGGACAUGGCGAGCAGCUGCUUGAUGGACGAGGAAGAAGCGGAGGAGAGGAGCAGAGUGUUCGCGGAGCUGAAACCUUACUGCUUGGACCUGCUCGACCUGGUCCAGCGCCCCAAGAAGCAUUCCCCUGCUCUCUCCGCCCUCCUCCGCUUCCUCCGCCGCUCGCCCCCCGACUCUCUCCAUCCCUUCUUCGAUUAUACUUUGUUUCCGCUGCUGCUUCUGUUAGAUGUGGCAGUUGACGGCCGAACCCAACGCAAGAUUGAUCCCGAAGAACAUGAGGUUCCAUCUCAUAAACCCCAUAGGGUGAGUGAUAUAGUGGCAGAAGCUGUGCUCCAGUGUUUGGAGGAACUUCUGAAGAAAUGUUACUUAGGAUCUGUCGAUCAGAUGGUUGUGAUACUAAAGAAAUUGACUUAUGGAGCUUUGAUUUCUCCCUCUUUGGCUUCUGAAGAGUUCCGCGAAGGAAUUAUCAAGUGUUUUAGGGCGCUUCUUUUGAAUUUGUCACCAUGCUCUGAUAGUUCUUGCUCAUGUAAACAAAUUACGGGGUUGCCUGCUCUUUUAGUUGGUGAUGAUAUGCUUACUCACCCUGUUAGACGUUCAAGACAAAACUUGGGAGGGGAAUGUUUACUUGCAUUUCUUCAGACUCAGACUGCAUCUGCUGCUAUUGGACACUGGUUAUCACUUCUUCAUGAAGCUGCAGAUUUUGAGGCAACGCGCGGGCAUCGAGGAAGUGCAAAGCUUCGAAUAGAAGCCUUUUUGACACUACGGGUUCUUGUUGCUAAGGUUGGCACUUCUGAUGCAUUAGCUUUCUUUUUGCCUGGUGUUGUUAGUAAAUUCAUUAAAGUUUUGGGUUUCGCAAGAACAAUGUCAAGUGGUGCUGCUGGCAAUAUUGAAGCGAUCGAUCAAUCAAUUAGAGGAUUGGCUGAGUUUCUGAUGAUUGUUCUUGAGGAUGAUGCUAACUCGCUUUGCUUGGAGAUGUCCUUGGAUAGUAAGAUGAAUUCAGAGAUUUAUAAUUCGACAGAUUCCUUCCUCAAGGAACUUCGCAGGUUACCUGUCAGAGAUCAAGGUCAUGAAGAAUUAUCAGAUGUUAAGGUUGAAAGUAAGAAAACUGUAGAUGCAAUCCAGGAGCAGAAGAAUGCUGGAUCUAGCAAGGGGUUGCAAACUUUGACAGUGAAUCGGACAAAAGAAUGGGUUGAGGAAACUUCAGCCAAUGUUCAUAAACUGCUUAGUACUACUUUUCCACAUAUUUGUGUUCAUCCAGCAAAAAGGUUGAGAAGAGGACUUCUUGCUGCUAUAGAAGGAAUUCUUACCAAGUGCAACAACACACUAAAAGACAGUAAAUUGCUGCUUCUGGAAUGUCUAUGUGUCUUGGUUGUUGAUGAUUCUGAAGAGAUUUCUGCAUCUGCCCAGGAAUUUCUCAGAUAUUUAUUUUCUUUCGGCAGGAUAGAGACUGUAGAACGUGAUAUUGCUGAAAUGCUAAGCAGGCUUAUAGAGAAACUUCCGAAAAUGGUGCUUGAAGAUGAGGAGUCUUUUGCACUAUCAAGUGCUCAGCAGCUGCUUGUUGUCAUGUAUUUUUCUGGUCCUCGCCUUGUUGUGGAUCGGCUACUCCAUUCUCCUGUAACAGCUGCACGGUUUUUUGAUGUCCUUGCAAUGUGUCUUGGUCAGCAUUCAGUAUUCGCUGGUUCUCUAGAAAAGCUUGUGCUGGCUAGAUCAUCUUCCAUGGGAUACAUCCGCUCUGUUGCAGAGUUGAAUUCCCAAUCUCAUUUCACCAGAGACCACCAGAGUGCCUUUACUGAUGCUCAGCGUGAAGGUGCUCAGGUGAAAGAAAUAGGAUAUCUUCAAGAAAACAUUGAGAAGAGUAGCGAGCUUCCACGAAUGCCCCCUUGGUUUGUGAAUGUUGGUAGUCAGAAACUAUACCAGACCCUUGCGCAAAUUGUUAGACUCGUAGGUUUAUCUUUAUUGGCAGAUUCAAGAUGUGAAGGCCAUUUGUCGGCAAUUGCUGAUAUUCCACUUGGAUACUUGCGAAAAUUGGUUUCUGAGAUUCGGAUUAGAGACUAUAAUAAAGAGAGCUGGCAGUCUUGGUAUUAUAGAACUGGUUCGGGACAGUUACUGCGGCAGGCAAGCACUGCAGUUUGUAUUCUAAAUGAGAUGAUAUUUGGAUUAUCAGAUAAGGCCUUUGAAAAGUUUGAGCAGAUGUUCCAUAAAUCUACUUUAAGUCGAGAUGAACUUCAGAAGCUCAACUCUGGUCUUGAUGAUCGUCAUUCUCCCACAUGUCCAUCUACAUGGAAUCUCACACUUGAGAAUAGCAAUGAGAGUCAACUGAUCGAUUGCAUUGGUAGAAUCUUACAUGAAUAUGUAAGUCCUGAAGUGUGGAAUUUUUCACUUGGACAAGAAUCCUCACAUGUGGAAUCUGACGGCAAAGAUGAAGAUUUUCCUGUGCACUUUCUCCAUGAUGCUGCCAUGUUACGUCAGGUGAUUAUUGAGGGGAUUGGCAUUUUUAACAUGUGCCUUGGCAAACAUUUUGCUUUCAGCGGCUUUAUGCAUUCAUCUCUCUAUUUGUUGCUUGAGAAUCUUGUUUCUCCAAACUUCCAUGUCAGAGCAGCUGCUGAUACCGUUUUGCAUGUCAUUUCUAAAACAUCAGGCUAUCUAUCGGUUGGCCAACUAGUUUUGGAGAAUGCAGAUUAUGUGAUAGACUCCAUAUGUCAGCAAUUACGUCAUUUGGAUCUCAACCCUCAAGUGCCUAGUGUGCUUGCUGCUAUGCUUUCUUACAUUGGUGUAGCUGAGAAGAUGUUGCCAUUGUUGGAAGAACCGAUGCGGUCUGUUUCACUCGAACUUGAGAUACUUGGGAGGUAUCAACAUCCAGAUUUGACAAUUCCCUUUCUAAAGGCUGUGGCAGAGAUUGCAAAAUCAUUGAAGCGGGAAGCAUUUUUGUUGCCCAAUGAAGCUGAGUCUUUCCUUCAGCAUGUGAAGGUGAAAAUUUCAGAAAAGGAGCAGGGAUUGAGGACAGAGUCAGAUGUAGCUGGUUGUCAUUUUGAUGAUAGUAGUGUGCACGAAGAGUUGGAGGAAAUCACAUUCAAAUUGAACAGUUCCAAGAGGUAUAGACGAACAAUUGGAUCAAUUACCGCUUCGUGUUUAGUGACUGCAACCCCUUUGCUUGCCUCAUCAAAGCAACCAAUGUGCUUGGUGGCAUUGGAUAUCCUCGAGGAUGGGAUAUUGGCUUUGGCGAAUGUCGAAGCAGCCUACAGGCAUGAGACUCAAGCAAAAGAAGCAAUCGAAGAAUUUAUCGAAUUAUGUUUGCUAUAUCAGCUUCAAGAUUCAUUGGAUGCUGCUGACCAACAAACAGAUGAGAAUAGGCUACUUCCAGCAAUGAAUAAAAUAUGGCCUUUUUUCGUAGUUUGUGUUCAAAACAGUAACCCAGCGGUUGUCAGGAGAUGUUUAGCUGCAGUGAGUUCUUCGGUGCAGAUCUGUGGAGGAGAUUUCUUCUCCCGCCGGUUCCACACCAAUGGUGGCCACUUCUGGAGACUACUGACCGCCUCUCCGUUUCACACCAAGCACGAUGUCAGAAAAGAAAGGAUCCCAUUACAGCUUCCUUACAGGAGCGUGGUUCCAUCUCCCAACGAGCCAAUGGCUGAAGUUUCCACCCUCAAAGUUCAAGCAGCAGUUCUUAACAUGAUUUCUGAAUUAUCCCAAAAUAAGAAGAGUGCAUCGGCAUUGGUAGUAGUGCUGAAGAAGGUCACUGGUCUGGUUGUGGGCAUUGCCUGUAGCGGAAUUGCCGGCCUUCAAGAUGCUGCUCUAAAUGCCUUACGAGGACUGGCAUCCAUAGACCCUGAUCUUGUAUGGCUUCUUCUGGCUGACGUUUACUACUCUGUGCAGAAGAAAGACAUACCUUUGCCGCCUACUUCUGAGUUACCGGAGAUCAAUCAAGUGUUGCCCAUGCCUUCUUCUCCAAAAGAAUACCUAUAUGUUCAGUAUGGAGGGCAGACGUACGGUUUUGAGAUUAAUGUUUCUGCUGUAGGAGUAAUGUUCAGGAAACUAAAUACUCUCGUUUUCUCCAACCAAAUGUACAGCUAGAUCAGAAUCACUCUUUGCUGUCUUACUGAUAUGCAUCAAGGUGGUUUUUUCUCUCUUGUG